CGGCGGUCGGAGAGACACCUCACCUGAGACUGCUGAGUCGACUGGAGAGGGGCAGGAAGAAGAUCCACAACGUCCAUAGUCUGGGAACCAGCAGCCGAUACGACACCAGGAAGAAGUCGGACAGUAAGAUCUCCCGCUUGGCUCAGAGGUGGAACCAGAGGGCGACAGGAGAUGCUCUGAUUAAAGACCUGAAGCCCCUGUUUUACACGGGAAUCCCCCGAUCCUCACUCAGCCUGGACAGACGCCUCCCCGGUGUGAUGACCCAGCAGAUGCAGAACCUGCAGUUGUCCCAGACCAGGAGGUGCCCCGGUGGGCCUGCCUCGCCGAGCGCCGCCAAACGUCUCUACAGGAACCUGUCGGAGAAGCUGAGAGGAAGCACCUCCUCCUUUGAGGAUGCUUACUUCUUCGGCAAGACGGACCGCCUCCGCAAAGCCUCGGUGAACAGACAGGGCAGCGACUGUCUCUUCGAGGCCGUGGAGCAGCAGGACCUGGACACGGUUCAGAUCCUCCUCUACCAGUUCUCGGCCGAGGAGCUGGACCUGAACACCCCCAACAGCCAGGGCCUGACGCCGCUGGACAUCGCCAUCAUGACCAACAACACGCCCAUCGCCAAGCUGCUGCUGAAGGCCGGCGCCAAAGAGAGUCCUCACUUCGUGAGCGUGGAGAGUCGGGAGGCCCACCUGAGCUCUUUGGUGUCGGAGGCCGAGCGGCGAGCCGCCGACCUGACCGCUCAGGCUCAGAGAGAAGGCCUCUCUCUGGAGGCCUGCCAGAAGGACAAACAGCUGAGAGCCUGGGAGUGGAGGAGCAAGCUGUACAGACGCAUGACCACGGGCUUCCAGCAUGCACGUGCCCCGGAGGCCCCGUCUAUGGUUCGUCUGAGCGUGAGCAGCAGCACCGUGCUUACUGUCAGCUUCCAGGAGCCGCAGUGUCUCAACUCCACUGUGGUGACCAGAUACAGAGUGGAGUGGAGCUGCCUCAAGGAUUUCUCGCUGCUUGCUGGAGAGAUUGUGUUGGAUAAUCUUCAGACCCUCAAGUGCACCAUCAGCAGCCUCACCACGGGUCGACUCUACUACAUCAGGGUGUCGGCCUACAACAUGAAGGGGUGGGGUCCUCCUGCCUCCGCCCUCCCUCCAUCUGCUGCUCCCUCCAAUUGGAGGGAGAGCGACGGUCGGGAGCCCAGGAGGCGGGGCCACAUUGAGGCCAUGGAGCGUCUGCUGCAGCAGGUCCGAGCCACGCACACACACUACUGUUGUGGAGACACCUCAAAGUUACAGAACCCGAGCAGGAAACAGUCCGUCUCCAGAAGUCUGAAGCAUCUCUUCAACUCCUCCAACAAGUUUGUGAAAACGCUGAAAAGGGGGAUCUACCUGGCCGCCGUCUUCCACCACAAGGACGGUCUCCUGGUGACGGCCGAGGACCAGAUCCCCAUCGUGGAGGUGGACGACUCCUACAGCAGCUCCCUCAUGCAGGACUUCCUCUGGUUUACCAAGCUGUCCUGUAUGUGGGAGGACGUCCGGUGGCUCAGACAGAGUAUGUCGGUCUCCAUGUCUUCAUCCUCCACCCUGCAGGCUCGACACAAGAUGCUCACCGCCGCCAACCAGCUGCAGAACCUCCUGGGGACUCACAACCUGGGCCGGGUCCACUACGAGCCCAUCAAGGAUCGCCACGGCAACGUGCUGCUGGUGACCAUCCGCGAAGUGGAGAGCCAGCACUCGCUGCUCAGUGGGAAGUGGAUGCAGGUGACCAAGCUGCAGAGCCAGAGGAAGUCCCUGUCCACACCUGAGGAGCCGUACGCCCUCGACAUCCUCAUCAUCACCAUACAGGACAUCUUGGCGUACCAGCGGCGCAGCACCCACCGGCUGGCCCCGGGACUCUACCUGGGCUACCUGAAGCUCAGCAGCUCUGUAGACCAGAUCAAAGUCCUGGUGUCCCAGCGGACCCCCAACAUGCUCUGUCACAGCCGCGUACGAGAGAACGCCAACGUUUCCAGGGAGGAGUGGGACUGGAUCCAGACGCUGUCGGCCGCCGGUGACAAGAGCGAGGAGGCGGAGCCCAGUGCGGAAAGCCACGCCCCUUUACUGUACUACGAGCUGCAGACGUCCAUCAAGUCUCUGCUGAAACACCUGAACCUACCUCUGCCACAGGCCCGUCACUUCCGUCUCUACAGUCAGGAGGUGGUGGAGCUCGGUCACGGCGUCUCCUUCCUGCUGCUGCUGCCGGCGGCAGACGAUGUUUGCUCCGCCCCCGGACAGUCCAACCCCUACACCCCUCUGUCAGGGUUCCUCCACCUCCCUCUGCAGAUGUUCGAGCUCGUUCACUUCUGCACAUACAAAGAGAAGUUCAUCAGUCUGUACUGCCGCCUGUCCUCCGUCCUGGACCUGGACGCCCUCAUUACCCAGCAGGCAUUGCGAGAAGCCAUCACUGACGUCGAGGUGGCGACGGCUAAACAGAGACACCAGCUCAUCCUGGACUACAUCCAGCAGCUGGACGAGAUGCGUCGUGACCUCCGUUGGAUCACCGACGCGCUGCAGUACGCCCGCUACAAGCAGCCCCGCGGCGGCGUGCCCAUCACCUGCCUGGUGGACGCCAGCGCGCCGGAGAGCGACCCGGGCCAGCAGAAGACCGACUCCACCUCCUCCAACAUGGACUACCUGCCCACACCUUCUCCAUCACCGGAGCUCCGCCGGAGGAAGGCCGUCAGUGACUCUAUGCUGGGGUCCGAUGAGGACGGGUCCUCCGAGGUCUUCCUGCCCACCGACAGCGACUACGACUCCAGCGACGCCCUGAGCCCCCGGGAGCUGGACCUGCUCUACUCUCCAGCUCAGGAUCUUUCCCAGCAGGCCGUGCACUCACUGGGCGGCAGCGCUCCGGAUGUUCUCCAGAUCCACGAGCUCAGGUACAGCGUCUGCCCCCCCACAGACCUCCCCCUUUCCCCCGUGGUGAAGGAUCCUUCCUCCCCCUUCUUCCCCUUCUCCCCCUCCGGGCAUUCCCCCACCGCUGAGGGCCCUCGCCAACCCCCCGCCAAACACAAGCUGCUCUCCAGGAGCCACCGGGGCCAGUACUUCAGCGGGCCCCAGCGCUGGCUCCGGGGCCACACCGGGGAGAGCCUCACCACGGGGUCGCUGUCGGAGGGGGUCUACACCAAGCAGCUGGACCUGGACCUGCCUCCGCUGCCGGGGACGCCACCUUCAUAAGCCACGCCUCCUGCGUCCUGGAGAGCCGCAAGGGCCGCCAGCGGGAGGCUCGGCCCCACGUCCGCAGGAUCUUUGUGGAGCCCUGCAAGGAGC